ACACAGCUCUAUUAUCACGUAAUCCCGGAAAACGACUUGAUCGGGCCGAAUGCUCUUCAGUCAUUCCCGCGCUCUUCUAUCGCGCUCAUACGUUUCUGCGUUGAACUCUACAUCCCCGACAAUCGAUACGCGGACGGGUUUACUGAGAAGCUUCAAGACCGUUGCUAGUUUAUUUUCUCUUCCUCGACCAGAAUCAAACGGAGACGAGGCUCUAGUGUUUGCCGUGAAGAGAGGAAAGUUAUUCAGGGAAAAUGAAAACAAUUUGGGUAAUUGGUGGGCCAGGAUGCGGCAAAGGAACGCAAUGUGACCGUAUGAUUGAAAAGUAUGGAUUUCUUCACUUGAGCAGUGGUGAUUUAUUGAGAGCAGAAGUUGCUAGUGGCAGCGAAAGAGGUGCGUCGCUUCAGGAUCUAAUGUCCAAGGGACUAUUUGUGCCAACGGACAUUGUGCUGGAGCUCAUAAAGGAACAGAUGGAUAAAGCUCGUGAGGAAGGAACCACAGAGACUGGAUUUCUUAUCGAUGGUUACCCUCGUGAGAAGGAUCAGGGAAUACUCUUCGAGGAAAAGGUUUGCCCUGUCGACUUAAUUCUCUUCUUCGAUGUAGCGAAUGAUACUCUGAAGAAGAGACUCCUUGGACGCGCUGCUGUGUCCCAAAGGGCAGAUGAUAAUGAAGAGACAAUAAAAAAAAGAAUCGAGAUAUUUAAUGCAAAAAACAGCGAGAUUGUCGAAUAUUACAAAGACAAAGUUAUGAGAAUUAAUGCGGAAGGAACAGUCGAUGAAAUAUUCGCCGAAGUAACGAAAGCGCUGGACACUUUAUUCUUGGCAGCUCUGAUUCAGUGUUGUCAGUAAAGGAAGUGUAGUACCAACCUAUAGAAAUAGUAGUACUUAUGCCGUACCACCAUAACAAAAUAGCAGUACAAAUAGUCGUACACAUUUAGCUUUUUUUUACCGACUCAAGCAACAAGCUGGCCCCAGCUUACUGCCUGAGCCAGUAAAAAAUAAAAGUUAAAUGUUUAUGGCUAUUUGUCCUACUAUUUUGUCAUAUAAAAUAUAUAAAAUGGCGUUAAAAUGGCACGUUCAACAAUAUUUUGACCUUAUAAUAAUUAUAAUAACGUCACAUUAAUUUUUAUUACGUGUCAUUUAUAAAUAAAGACAAUUUGGAUAAAACAAAAUGAUGAGAUUGCUUUAAAAUAUUUGUAAAAAUGUACGAAAACUGUGCUUAUCUCCCCUGACAGUCAGUAAAUAAUCGUAAAAAGUAAUGAAAGACACAUGAAGUGCUUUUAUUCAAUGCGCAUGCGUAGCUUAUUUCCACUUACACGUGCCUUUAUCACUUUACGAUUUAUAAACACAGUUUUCGUCCAUUUGUACAAAUGUUUUAAAGCAAUCUCAUCAUUUUGUUUUAUUCAAAUUGUCUUUAUUUAUAAAUGACCUG